UCUGAUUGGCUUAAUGAUGAGCUCAAUAAGUAGAGUAAUGGUUUGCGCCAUGGCGUUAGCUCUGGCGUGCUUGGCGGCCAUGCCGGCUGCAUCCACAGCGUCGUCGGGUGACGACGGAGGGAUACUGUAUAUUCCGUCCGCUGCCUCCUUAGCUCACUGCCCCUCCAGCUGCGGGUACAUCGACAUCUCCUACCCCUUCGGCAUUGGGGCCGGCUGCUUCCGACAAGGCUUCGAGCUUACCUGCAACUACACCACUCAACCUCCAACGUUGUUUCUGGGCAACAGCACAACCGAGGUUACUCACAUGUAUGGUACCAGAAUUUCCGUCGUCCCUGGUAUGUUCUUCAACAGUGCCUUAGAAGAAUCUGGUACGACGAACACCUAUAAUAUAUCUUGGUAUGCCCCCGCUAAGGGCAUUACCAUCUCCAGUUUAAACAGUUUCUACUUCCUUGGCUGCGAUUUCGAUGUUGACUUGUUUGACUCUAUGAGAAACCCCAUCGGUACCUGCAUGAGUAGGUGCCAUGGCGAGGUAUCGCUGAAUCAAGGGCCUUGCUAUGGGAUUGGUUGUUGUUCCAUCAGUCUACGGAAGGAGAUCUCAGGCUUUCAGGGAACAAUUGCUCGGGUUGGUAAUACGGAUCCUCUGCACACUGACAUCAUGGCUUUGUUGUCCGGAAAUGGAGAUUAUUACACGCGAGAUGGUGUGACUGAUUUUUUCUCUGAGAUUGAUGACCAAGUUACACUUGAGGUUGCCAUCAUGGAUCAACCAAGCUGCAAGAGCGCGCAAAUGAACAAGGCAAGCUAUGCUUGUGGUGGCACCAACGGCUACUGUGCAAAUGCGUCAUAUGGAGGUUACACCUGCCACUGCCACAAUGAAUAUUACGACCCAUCCAGUGCAUACCUUUCCGAAGGAUGCAUGCAAGAUUACGACCCCAAGCCUAAAGAACAUUGCAAGAGGUCAUGUGGGAACAUGUCCAUUCUUUUCCCUUUCGGGCUCGAAGAAGAUUGUUUCGGAAACGAAAGGUUCCGACUUGAUUGUACAGCUGCAAAUGAGACGAUUUUUAGCCUAGCAUAUACACAGUAUCACGUGACUGGCCUGUCAGUAGAAGACGGCACUCUGACGGUUAGCAACAUACUAAACAAUAGCUUCGGGAAAGAAGCAAUAAUAGCUCAGGACAUCGAAAAUGAAGGCCUAGGGUACAUCGUCGGCCCUGUGGAAGACGAAUUUGAUGUUUCUAUGGAAUAUGACAUUGUUAUACGGUGGGCAGUUACAAAUGCAUCUUGUGAAGAAGCUAUGCAUGGGAAUGAAACUAACUAUGCAUGCCGCAGUGUAAACAGUGGUUGUCAAAACGUGACCCACGGGGAAAUACUGGUGGGAUAUCGUUGCAAGUGUUCUUCUGGCUACAAAGGAAAUCCAUACGUACAAGAAGGCUGCACAGAUAUUGAUGAAUGCUCACUGCCAAACUACUGCAACGGUACAUGUCAAAACAUUCCUGGAAGCUAUAGGUGCACACCGUGCUCUCGUACCCAAGAAUUUGAUUUUGUCAAGAGGCGGUGUGUUACAUCAGCUAAACAACGGAAUCUUCUUUUGGGUAUUGCAAUUGGAACUAGUUGUGGUCUUGGAUCCAUAUUUAUUGCAUUGGGUAUAAUUGUAAUUGCCAAUAAGUGGAAAAAAGGCAUCCAAAGUAGAAUCCGACGAGCAUAUUUCAAGAAAAAUCAAGGCCUCUUAUUGGAGCAACUGAUCUCAGAUAAAAGUGCUACAAGCAAAACAAAGAUAUUCUCAUUGGAGGAAAUAGAAAAGGCGACCAAUAACUUUGAUGCUACCCGUGUUCUUGGUCAUGGAGGACAUGGAACAGUUUAUAAAGGGAUUCUAUCAGACCAACGUGUGGUAGCCAUAAAAAAAUCCAAAAUAGUAGAGCAAAUAGAGAUAGACCAAUUUAUCAAUGAAGUUGUCAUUUUGUCUCAAAUCAUCCACCGUAAUGUGGUGAAACUCUUUGGUUGCUGCCUAGAAGAUGAAGUGCCCUUGCUUGUCUAUGAGUUUAUUUCAAAUGGCACUCUGUAUGAACUUCUUCACACUGAUACUACAGUAAAAUGCUUGCUUUCAUGGGAUGAUCGCAUUAGGAUUGCAACGGAAGCAGCGGGAGCUCUUGCUUAUCUACACUCAGCAGCUAUAAUACCAAUUUUUCACAGAGAUGUAAAGUCUUCAAAUAUACUAUUAGAUGAUAACUUCACCACAAAGGUUUCAGAUUUUGGUGCUUCAAGAUCCCUUUCACUUAAUGAGACCCAUGUGGUGACAAUUGUUCAAGGAACAUUCGGUUACUUGGAUCCAGAGUAUUAUCACACCGGUCAACUAACGGAGAAGAGUGAUGUAUACAGUUUUGGAGUAAUACUUGUGGAACUUUUGACAAGAAAGAAGCCAAUUUUUAUUAAUAAUUUAGGUGAAAAGCAAAGCUUGUCACAUUACUUCAUUGAAGGACUUCACCAAGGGUGUCUUAUGGAAAUAAUGGAUCCACAAGUUGUGGAUGAGGCAGACCAGAGAGAGAUUAGUGAAAUUGCCUCACUGACAGAAGCAUGCUUAAGGGUCAAAGGAGGAGAGCGACCGACUAUGAAAGAAGUAGACAUGAGGUUACAAUUCUUAAGAACAAAUAGGCUGAGGAAAAGACAUCAUUUACUCGAAAAAGAUAGAGAUAUUGAGCCUUUACUAUGUGGAAAUUCUAAGAACUCAAUUGAACAUAUCGAUCUUAUUAAUGUUGCACAUAUACCACCUCAAGAGUCCUCGAGAUGCUACAGUUUGGAGCAAGAAUUUGUAUCUUCAUUUAGGCGACGCUAACUACAUUAGGGUAAGAUUAUAGAGGGCUUGCUUAUAUACUGUUGCAUCUGAGAUAUCAUAUAUCUAGAAGUUACAUUUAGUUCGUAUCAUUGGAUGAGAUUGUAUCACACAGGUUCAUUUUACGUGUAAUAUGCACAAUGUAUUGUAGACCAGUGGCUAGCUUGUAUCCUUCUAUAUGAUGGCUUGUAUCCUUCUAUAUAUUUCUCUAGAUGCAUAUAGGGUAUAACAUCGUCCCUGCAUUAAUGAUAAGGUUCUAUA